UUAGAAAUGCAACCAGCUCAGGACAAAACUUGCACAGAUCAUUUUGACCAAAGCAUGGAACCUGUGCUAGAGCUACCAAAAGCAUUGGAAGAGAAAGCGGACUCACCAGGUGAGCAUGGAAGCCAGGAUCCCACCCUUCCCGAAGGAGGCCAUGGGUCAGCAGUCAGAGAGCAGCCUUCACAGUGUAGCGAAGAGCCUCCACACCAGCAGCUCUCCUUCCGACAGGAGACCCUGGACCGGCAAGUCUUGGAGUACAUGGAGGUGGCUCUUUUCCUGAGUCCAGAAGAACAGCAGAGGCGAUGGCUUGCCAUUCUGACCACUUUUCUGAAGGCCUGGGAGCAGUCAGAUGGCAGUGUCUAUUUUCCAAAUAUCCAGCUUUUAGCAAGUGAAACUUCCAGUUUUCUGGUGAAAGAAAUCAAGAAGAAAAUGAAUGGAAAUCCAGCAGAAGACGCUCGACUGCUUGUGUGGCAAUUUCUGCAGUGGAAGGGAGAGCUGGAUUCUGCCGGUUACCUGCUGCUAAAAUCAAUCUACUCACUUUCACUCUACACCUCGGAACAGGAACUCCGGUGGAAUAUAAUCAAGUCUGGGUUGCCUGUGACGUUGCUGCAGUGCCUACACCUCUUCUUUGUAUCUGCCCUGGAAACGGCUCCUGGGGACAGGGAAGAGGAGCAGCAGGCCACACGGAAGACCCAAGAAAUGCUGGUGCAGACAAUGGUCAAUAUUUAUGCAGAAAAACAAGGUGUGGAGAUGCUUCUCAUGUCAAGUCAUCUUAAAUCUUUGAUCAUAGCAAGAUCCUCCCUCUGGGAUCAAGGCAGCCCUGCUUGGAAACAGCCUACAAGCCAAGUGCUACAAACGAUUUCAAAGGCCCUUUCCGAGACCACCAUUUCAUACCUGCAAGAUUGCAUCAAAACUUCUAUUUACAAUUUGUCACAGCUUGAUGAUUCCUCGCCUACUUGGGAAGUAUGUGAAUCCAUCAAUAUUAUCCUGCAUUUUGUGAGGAAUUCCUACCCGAUUUCCCCAGCCUUGCUUUUGGAGUUUGAGAGCAAUGGUGGCCACCAGCUGCUGUUGAAAUUUUUUUUAAGAUAUGAAGGGCCACUGGACAAAAAAGAAAAUGCCAGCAUCAAAGAAACACUGGACUUAGUGACACAACUGACACUUUGUGGAGAAACUGAACUGAGUGUUUCACGCAAUAUAGUAUAUCCACAACUGCCACAGUUUAAUGAGAAACUGCCACAGUUUAAUGAGAAGCAGCCCCUUUCUUCUGGAAAAAGAAUAAGGAACCUGAAAGCUUUCCAAGUACUAGAACUGCUUUUUCAGAAAUCCAACAACCCAAAUCUCUGUCAGUACAUUUUGCUUGUCCUGAAAUCCAUCUGGACGUGGGACCCCAUGAAUUUCUUCCUGCUCGAGUGGUCUCUGCAGCCCAUCUGCCAGUUUGUGGGGGUCAUCCCUCUCAAGCCCUUCCAGGUCCAGGCUCAGUUCUUCCAGCUGGUGGAGUCCGUGGUGGAGGACCUGUCUUAUAUCCCUCACGAGAUCUUGAAGAAGAUCCAGUGCUUGAUCAAUGAGAACACCGAGCCCUUGUGCGCCUCGCUUGCCUUGGGCUGCCUCCAUAGCAUCACACAGAGAGACCCCCUCUUGACAGAUAUCUUCAGGGAUUCCGGACUUUUAGGAAUCCUGCUUGUUCAGUUGCGUAAAGAAGCCAAAAGACUGAUAAAGAAAGGAAGCACUCAAACAAGUUCUCAGGUGUCAGAAGAGGAGAAUCUCCUCAAAUGGAUUCUGAAGAUGGCAGCCGCUCUGGUGGUGGGAUCUGUCAGGAACACAGUGAUUCUCAGGGACUAUGGCAUGGUGCCCUACAUCAAGAUUUAUGUGGAUAGCGAGCUGUACCGAAGUGAUGCCGUGAACAUCCUGGAGCAGUUGUCCAUCAUCAACCCUGAGGAGUACAUGAGCUCCAUUAUUGGGGCUCUCUGCUCCUCUACUCAGGGCGAACUACACUUCAAGCUGGAUCUACUUAAAUCUCUGUUGAAGACCCUGGUGAACCCCAAGGGUCGCUCUGCCUUCAGAACCAGCAGUGGCUUCAAUGGGCUGUUUUCCCUUCUGGCUGACAUGGAAGGUGCCUUGCAGGACCCGCCUUCAGGUGUCUGGGCCUCCUUUGGUCACAGCCACAUAUUAGGACUGAUACUACGCAUUCUCCAGACAAUGGCAGCCGCUCUUUACUUGGACCCUGCCAAUAAGGGCUUCUUCCAGAAGAACGGUCUCUUUGAGAGGAUGGCGGAGGACCUUGGCAUGCUUGGCUGCUUUUCAGCACAAAGGUGGGGACAAAUUCCUAUGCAGAUCAACAAACCACGAUCCUUUGUUGAGCUUUCAAAUACAGCUGUUUGCUCACCUGAGCUUUUCCCAACUCGGCUAAAAAGCUGCAUCAGGAUAUUCAGCUUCCUUGAUUCCAUGGCCAAGAUGAACCCCUUCAACCUCAAGAGCUGCUUGGAGGAAACAGAUCCUCCCACUUUGGGCAUUUGGGAUGGGACAGAAAAUCAGCAAGAAGAUUCUCCAGGGAAUCUUUGGCACCAUAGAAAGUCCAACAAAGUAGCUGCCGUCCAGCUGCCAGAACCCCAGAACAGGCCACGAGGUGAGGACUCAGUGAUUGUGUGUCCUGGAGCCCUGUGUGUCAUGGUGACACUGAUUGGCAAAGUCUACAAUGAAGCUUACCCUGAGCUAUCCCUGGAAAUCCAAUUCGCCGUGGCUGACCAUAUUCAAUCCUUGAUGGGCUUGGAGAAGAACCGCCAAGUGGCUUGUGCAGCUGGCCUGCUGGGCAGCCUCAUCAGGUCCUGCCCAGAAGUUCUGCACAAUGCAAGCAGCCCCCUCCACCCGCCUCUGAUCCGGCUCUUCGAGAAGCUCGGCUCCCAGUCCAUUCAGCCCGAGGUCUUAAGACAAUUCCUGUGCCUACGGAUGAUGCCCCUUCCCAUCGCUCCCCCACCCCACGUAAGCCUCCCCCCUGAGGCAUCCCUCAGUGACAGAGAGGAAUUGGACCGAGUCCAGAGGAAGGCAGCCCAGAAAAUGGUGGAUCUGCAACCCAAACCCUGUGAGAAACAGCUAAAAGGUUCUGGAACAGCUGCAUGGAAGGACAGCCCAAAGGAAACUCUGCCGGGCUCUGACCCCUCUGCGGGUUCUGCAAUGGCUCUGCAAACGGCCAUGAGUCUCAUUUCCUUGACAACCCCACGCAGCCUGCAUCUGCACAGCGCCUGCCUGGCCCCUUCCUUUGUGGAGUUUGACAUGUCCCUCGAAGGAUAUGGGUGUUUGUUUUUACCAAGUAUGGCCACCAUUCUAGGCCAAAGCACUGAACGCUCUGUCUUGGGAGGAACCGGAAAAGGCAUCAGGCGGUUCCCCCCACCAGAUGGCCUCACUUUUUCCUCCUGGUUUCUGAUCAAUAAGAUGAGUUCGGCUUGUGAUUACCACCCGCUACGUUUCCUUACCUUGAUGCGUCACAUGGCGAGAACCGAAGAAGUCUUUGCUUGCUUUGCAGUGAGGUUUUCUCCUGCAGAAGGUUGUCUAACCAUCUCAACUGAGGAAGUGGCAUUCGAAGCUUUAGACACAAUGGUACCUGAAGAUGAGACCUCUCUCCUGUGCCAAGUUCAGUUCAGAUGUGCUCCACUGCUCGUGACCGGACAGUGGCAUCACCUUGCUGUGACGGUGGCAAAAGAAACGAAGCAGAUCUGCACAGUUUCGGCCUAUCUGAAUGGCAGUCUGGUGGGCUCUGCGAAGAUGCAGUACAUCCGGCCACUGCCAGGGACCUUCACUUCUAUGGACCCUGUUUCUUUUAUUGAUGUCUUUGGCUUUGUGGCUACACCGCUGAUGUGGAAAAAGAGGUCUUCCUUGUCUUGGCGCCAAGGCCCUAUGUUCUUAUUUGAAGAAGUUCUCUCCGUGAAAAUUCUGCAGUUUAUGGAAAAACUUGGUCCGAGAUACUACAGCAAUUUCCAGGCUGUGGAGCUUAGAGGAGAAGGCUCCUAUGGGCACGUGCAGAUGGCUCCUUUGGUGGCACCAGAGAAGAUUUCCUUUGGAAUCAACACCAGAUGCUCAUCUUAUACAACAGUUAAAGACAUAAAAGACAGCUAUGGUGAAGUGGAUGGGCGUCUGGUCGCUAAAGAGCUGAAGCUGUCCUCUCGUGAUAAUACAACACCUGUUUUCAUGGCCCAAAAUACUGCUGCAAAACUCCCUGGGUGCUUAAGAACAAUUGGUGCCGUUGUGGUGGGCCAGCACGGGACCCGGGUCUUCCAGGCCUGUCCGGCAGUGGUCAGCCUGAGCUACCUUGGUGGCCCUUCUCUUCUGCUGGCUCUGCUGGCCAGGGCUCAGGAUGACCACGCGGUUUAUGCGGCCGUCAAGGUCUUGCAGACCGUCCUGAGCUGCAGCGCAGUGAGUGAACGUCUGAUGGGGGAUGAAGGCAAUGGGUAUCAGAUUCUGGCAUAUCUGUUGAAAAAAAAGGCCCACCUACUCAACAGCAGAAUUCUGCAUCUCAUUCUUUCCAUUGGUGGUACCACGGAAGCUGCCUUAGAACAGCUGACAAUCAAAAACUUGGAGAUCUUCCAACAUAUUGUCUGCAAUUUUGAGCUGUGGUCCCCUGCCUUGGAAAACCUGGACCUCCCUCUGUUUAAACAUCUCACGGAAGUUGUCCAGUCCUCCAGAGGAAAGAAUUCCACCAUGACCCCCGUCCAGCAGGUGCAGAUGGUGCCCAAGCUUUUCCUUCUCCUUGGGGAUCCUGGGAUCCCGGCCUCUCGCGUCCAUUGGAUCUCUCUCCUCCUCCGUCAUUCACUCCAGGGCCACUUCAGCAUCAAAGACCUGUGCUGGAUUUGCUUAUUCUUGGUUUACACUUUAUGUCCUGCAUCUAUUGAUGAAAAUGAGACCUUCUCCAAUAAUAUUCCAGAGGACUUAACUCAGGCACCUGGAAAAAUGGUCUGGCUUCGAAAUCAGUUGUUGAGCAUGCUGCUAGAUGUAAUACAACCAGACAAAUUUCAUUUGUCCUCUGAGAUCCAAGAAGAAAUGUUCCAGGCCUUGGGCCCUGACUGGUUCCUGAUGUUUAUGCAAAGUCACGUGCACAAAACCACAAUUGUGCUGGCAGCCAAACUGCUGUUCCAUUUCCUGCACAACCGCACACACCUGCAUGAGUUCAGAGAGGGGAUUAUGGCAGGCCUGUGGCUGAGAAACAGCUUAGAGGGGCUGAAUAUUUUGACUGACAAUUUGAAGAGUUCUCCCCAGUUAUUUGAAUAUCAGCCAUAUCCACUCUCUGGAUUAAUGGAGCUAAAGAUGUUCCUGAGCAGCUCAACCCACAUUCCAGAGAUUUACCUCCUUCUCUCAGGACUUCUUCUGGACACACCAGUGUCUAAGCCACUUGAUGAAACUCAAGCAGGUUUGGGUGCAACAUUCGAGUGGCUGCUGUGCCACCAUCACACAGAGAUGGUAGUCAAAACUGGCUUAUGUGCAGAGGCCGCCAUUCUGUUGCUGGAGAUGGUCUCGUCCCUCACCAGGCAGAUUCCCGCAGAGGGAGAGGAUUCCUGGCAAACCAGCUUCAUAAAGGAUGUCCUUCACUUCGUCCACCUGGUGUACCAGAGAUACCCCCAGGACCCCCUCUGGUCCAGCUCUCCCUUCCUCCAAGCCCUGGCCUUGGCUGCCUUCCCCUCUGGGCCACCCCAGCCUCCAGCCAGGAAAGAAAUUUGGGACUUGGUUCAAGUUCUCCUGAUGGGAAUAAUGCUGCUGGACUGGAGGGACAAAAGUUGGCACCCCCUGGAGUUCAUGCUUGAGGCCUCUCCAGAGAAUGCUGCUAUUGAGCAAAAGAUGUGCUUCCAGACAGAGCUAUUGCUUUCCAUGAUAGAGAUUGUCUACAACCUUGGUCAAAAUUACAAGGAAACCUCCAGUUUAACAGGAAAUGGUGAUACCAGGAGCGUUUUGGAAUCUGCCAGUCUGCCUUAUUUUCUAGUAAAUGUUUGCUAUUUUACUCAGAAGCUGGUAAGCAAACUUCACGAGGGAGUGUUGGUCACAGAGCCCAGGAAGACCAUCCUUUUCAUCGCAGAGCAAGUGCAACUGGUAACAAGAAAGCUUUUUCUCCACAAAGAGUCAAUUAUGAGCAACUUGUACAACUGUUUGAACCACAGCAUCUUGUACUAUUUAUCAAAUUCUUCUUCUGGGUCCCAAAGUCUUCUAGAAGUUCUACAGACUCUUCAGAUGCAAUGGGAUGUCAUCUUUGCAGUACACAAUUCUAGCCUGGAUUUCAUCACAAGCUUUUUGUAUUGCCUAUCACAACUGAAAUCUAUCAGCUAUCAUGAAAGUGGUGAGGCAAAAUGGAUGCCAGCUUCGGGUUGCCUUAUUUUUCUUGGCCUGAGAAAAGAGGAGGAGAGGAUCGGUGAUCUUUCUGCCCUGAAGGAUGUUCAGCAAGAGAUCCAGAGGGCAGCUGAGGAAAUCUGGCUCCGGCUUCUUUCUAGGAGAAGAAAGGAUUUAGAGGAUGCAUAUAAAACCUCUUUAUUUAAAGAGAAAGGCGAUGGAGAAGAGACAAUGAAGAUGGCUGAUGUAGCUCCUCUUUGGGAAGAGGUCAUGAGGAAGACCUGGCAGGCCUUUCUAGCAUCAGAAAAGAAAAACUCCCAGAGCAAAAUUCUCAUCGAUGCAUCCAGCAAGACGAGUCCUUUGAAUGAGAGCCUGACUCCCGGCAGGAACCUGAAACAGGAUUUUACAUUAUAUUUAGAAAAAUGCAGGAGAACUGGACAAGAACUCUAUGCGGUUUUAUGCAAGGAUCACGUUGAGAGGUUGCUGUGCAUACACUCGAAGUCUGCCAAAGCCUGGACUGAGCUGGAAGACCGGCUUUUUAGGAAGGGAGGCCCGUGGGGGCCUGCGGUAGCUUCUCCUGUCACAAGGUGGGCCCUGGAUGCCUACGAAGGCCCUGCUCGCAUGAGGAAGAGGAUCCGGUUCAAAAUCGCCCACUAUACUGCGGAACCAUUGCAAAACAAGGCCCAGCAGACACAGAAGGGCGCAUCUGCUCCAGCUCGUGUGGAAAAUCAAGGUGAACAACCAGCCCUGACUAGACAAGGAGAAGCGGGUCGGGAUCAGCUGACUUUUUUUCCUGCCCUUUGUGAACAUCUCCAUUCAGAGGAACUCUUGGAAGUCUGCGCGGAAAGGAAAAUUGUCCUCCAGGAAUUAGUCCAAGAUGAAAAGGUGACCUGCCAGCUGUCUGUGGUGGUGAUGGAUGGACACGUAGCGUCGGAAGGGGCGCUUCUCCUUGGCCGCGACCACUUCUACGUCUGCAAGCACUUCACCCUCUCCCACCUGGGGGAGGUUUAUUGCACGAGCCAUUGCUUGUCCUGCAUCAAAGAGCCAUUCAUUUACAACUUGUGCUACACAACGGAGGCCACAGCUGUGGAGCCCACGUGUUCCUGCCAUUCCUACAGUGACAUUAGGGAGAUCCGGCCGAUGCGUUUCCUUCUGCAGGAGACAGCACUGGAGAUCUUCUUAAACAAUGGCUAUUCCAUUUUCCUUGUAUUCCACAACAACGACAGGAAAAGGUUCUUGACAAGAUUUUGUUCAGUGAAAUCAAAAGGCACCGCAGAUGAGGCUACUAAUAUAAGAAAACAAUCAGGGGAAAAAAAGUCCUUCCUGUUGAAGUGGCAGAGGAGAGAGAUCAGCAACUUUGAGUACCUCAUGUACCUGAAUUCUCUGGCGGGACGGACGCACAGCGACCUCAUGCAGUACCCAGUGUUUCCGUGGGUCCUUGCAGACUACCAUUCCCAGACUCUAGACCUGACCAAUCCAAGCACCUUCCGUGACCUCUCCAAGCCCAUGGGGGCACAGACGGAGGGGAGGAAAAAGAAAUUCAUCCAGCGCUUCAAAGAAGUGGAGAAGACCGAAGGUAACCUCUCAGCUCAGAGUCACUACUUCACCCACUACUCCUCCGCCAUGAUUGUGGCUUCCUAUCUGGUUCGCCUGGAGCCCUUCACGGAAACCUUCCAAUCUUUGCAGGGAGGGGACCUGGACGUUGCAGACCGCAUGUUCCACAGCAUAAGGAACACUUGGGAGUCAGCCUCAAGAGACAACAUGACGGAUGUCCGGGAACUGAUACCUGAAUUCUUUUAUCUCCCUGAAUUUUUAACAAACCACAACCACAUUGACUUUGGAUGCUUGCAGGAUGGGACCCGGCUGAAUGACGUGGAUUUGCCACCUUGGGCAGGAGGAAAUCCUCAUCGAUUCAUUAGGCUGCACAGGCAGGCCCUGGAGAGCGAUUUCGUCAGCAGCUGCCUCCACCACUGGAUUGACCUCAUCUUCGGCUUCAAGCAGCAGGGCUCAGCCGCAGUGAAGGCCGUGAAUACCUUCCACCCCUAUUUCUACAGCGAUCAAGUACAAAUGGGCACCAUUGACGACCCUCUCAUCAAGAGCACCAUCCUGGGAUUUGUCAGCAAUUUCGGACAGAUCCCAAAGCAGCUUUUUACGAAACCACAUCCCUCCAGAAAUGCUGGGAGCCUGAGGAAACAUUCAGUGGGGAAAAACAGCUUCCUCUUUCCUUCUCCGGCGCUCUCUGUCAGUAAUCUGUAUCAUCUGAAACUGUCAUCAGUCAUUCCCAAAGAGGCACCACAUGGGCCUGUUGGUCAUAUUGUAUGCACAGAAAAGGGGAUUUUGGCUGUGGAGAAGAAAAGUAUUUUGCUUCCUCCGCUAUGGAAUAAAACCUUUUGCUGGGGAUUCAGUGACUUCACCUGCUGUCUGACUGAUUCUGGAUCAGACAAGAAGAUGACCGUCCUGGAGGCUCCGGCUGACUGGGGUGACUGCCUCUGUGCUGUGUCUCCCACACCCAGCAGCCUCAUCACGUCUGGAAGCAGCUGCGUUGUCUGUGUCUGGGACCUCUGCAGGGCCACAACGGGAGCCACGGCCUUACGUCUGAAACAGCCUCUGUAUGGACACACGCAGCCGGUGACCUGCCUGGCAGUCUCCACGGCCUACUGCCUCCUGGUGAGUGGCUCUGCGGACGGAUCCUGCCUCUUCUGGGACCUGAACCAGUUGACGUGCCUCACCCGGCUUCCUGCGCAUGAGGCAGGCCUCUCGGCGGUUGCCAUCAAUGAUUCAACGGGUGAGGUGGCUUCGUGCGCUGGAGUGACCCUGUACCUCUGGACCGUCAACGGGCAGCCUCUGGCCAAAGAAAAGGCCCCCUUAAGACCUGGAGGAAGGCUCUCCUGCUGCUGCUUCUUUGAAGUGAAGGACUGGGAUGCGCAAAGUCUCAUUGUCACAGGAGACACAGAUGGCUGCGUGCAGGUCUGGAAGCUUGAAGCAGCCUCGCCUGUGAGCCAGGGAGAGGAGCCGGUGGGAGAGGCCAAGGCUGGUAAGCGCCAAGCCCAGCAGGCAGGCAGCAGAGGGGAGAAAGCGGCGUUUGUCCUCCAGCGGGAGCUGCUGCUUCGCACGAGCCCCCCAGAGGGAGCCCACCGACCCGCCUCGCCGGUCACAGCCCUGGCAGUUUCCAGGAAUUAUUCCAAGCUUCUGGCUGGCAAUGAAGAUGGGAAGGUCUGCUGUUGGUCAGUUGAGGAGUAGAAGGAAGAAGUAGAUGUAAAUGUAAAUCCCAGCAAAAUAUCCUUCCAACGGAGCCCUUCAUUGAGCAAAGGAUGGGAUGGGUCCCUCUCGCCUUAGUUGUCGGAACCUGAAAUGAUUAACUGAGAUGGGGCAGAUGGGAGAAAUUUUCAGGAAUAUUUGGCCCCAAAGUCUCUCCUCUGUUGACUUGCAAGGCUGAAAUAGCAAAUUCCCACGGGCUGUUUAAGAAGGGACCAAAGUGGGAUCUGUGGGGAGAUUUCUCAGAUUAUAAAGAGGAAUGAAGACUGAGGCGAAAAUUCUCCAAUCUUGGAAAACCUCAGUCUGCCAUCAUCAGCACUAAGGAACAAACUAAUCUACGAAAAUGUUCGGCAAACCUUUCAACUAGUAUUACCUAAAUGUUAGGUAAUAUGCUGGUUGUUAUUUAUUUUCAAUAUUUUGGCUUUCCUGAAACUUUAGCAAUGGAGGAUAAAGUUUCAUAGGAUUCAUCCUGA